UUGGUGAUCCAGUUUUGAAUUCUAAUUUACUAGUUAUGGAUUAUUCUGCAAAUUCUCAGCAUUUUAUGAACAUUCAACCAUAUGAUCUGCAGGUGGUUAUUGGCUGAACAAGAAGUUUAUACUAAUGCAAUCUUAGUCAAGCGAACGGGAGAGACACGGAACAGAAGAACUUCGUCGGAGGAAUCUCUGUAGCCUGAGAACAUGGCCCGCAACACCAUCAUUUCCAUUCUCCUUCUCCUCCUUCUUCUCACCGUCGUCUCCCACUGUUCCAACAACGAAUCCCGGGUUGAAUGUAGCAGAACUUGUGUUGCAAUUAACUGCAAUACUGUUGGGAUUCGGUACGGAAAGUUUUGCGGAGUUGGAUGGACGGGUUGUGCUGGUGAAAAGCCUUGCGAUGAUCUUGAUGCCUGUUGCAAAGUUCAUGACGAAUGUGUUGAAAGAAAAGGUUUAACUAAUGUAAAAUGUCACGAGAAGUUCAAGAGUUGUAUUAAGAAAGUGCAGAAAUCUGGAAAGGUUGGUUUCUCUAACGACUGCCCUUAUUCCACAGCUGUUCCUACAAUGGUGCAGGGUAUGAAUUUGGCUAUCAUGUUCAGCAAAUUUGGUAACUCAAAGCUUGAGCUCUGAUACCCACUUCGGUCGGUAACUCACUCCUUCGUCCACAGCCACAGUUCAUGCCAUCAAUUAUUGCAUAUGGGAAAACUUCACACAAAUGAUUCAUUCAUUGAAAUAAUGUUCUACAGAAUUAAGAAAUGUCAAACAGAAGAUUAAAUCCUCAUUUUUGUCCUGGUUAGUUGUAAGUUGGACCAUCUGAAUUUUUAGGGAUGCUUCUAGCUUAGUGAAAGAAGAUACCCCAUAUACUUCAUUAUUUUUAGGCUCCUUCAAUAGUUGUUAGAGGUUGGUUUCCCCGCAAUUCAUUUUUAAGUACUCACCAUUGGGCAAUACAUUUUUUAGAGUCUUGCUGAUUGUCUUUAGAUGUCAUCUCUCUUUUCAUUUUAACGCUACUUUUGUUGCUGUUCUAGUGCUGUCCUACACAUGGAGAUUCAAUGUAUUGUUUUAUUUAGUGAUUCAAUUUUGAAUGAUAUGUUCGAAUGAAGUCACUCCA